CCUUCCUUCAUUACUGCCACUGCCUUGACCUGGCUUCACGCUCGCACGCACGCACAGUAGCACGAAGUUAGGUACCCACUUGAGAACGACCUCCCACCCGCCUGCCUGCGUACCUGCAGUACCUUUUUGCGUGCCCUCCUCCUGGACCGUCACCCGUCCCCGUCCUAUACCACAGUGCCUUCUCGACCUUGCAACCCUGGCAAGCCUCGUCAGUCGAUCCAGCAAGUGCGUGCCCCCCUCCAAGACCGCAUACUGUACGUAGUACCUUGACUACCCUGUCUUCCCACCUGCCCAUUCUACCCAUCAAUCCAUCCUGGCCUUGGCUCUUUGUGUUUGUGAACCGCUGCACUGGCCAGAAUCGCACCUUCCCCCAGCCAGCCACCUCACUUCGUCCACACCCGUCGCUCCGUCUUUAAUAAGUUCGUCCGCGCCCGCCCCUUCACCUUGCCCCAAGCCGCCCUUCGACCUCACUCUGUCUACCUCCCACCACUUGCACGCUCCCGCGCACCUUGACACGCAUUGACCCAAAAGUUUUCAUCCAAACAGUCUUCACCACUUCCAGUAUUACUGCCGCACAUCGACAUUCGUCAAUCUCAUCUCGCAGUCAAUAACCCUCUCACCCACCUUGACCUCACCAGCCUCAACAGUCAAGAUGAAGUCGGCCGCUGUCCUCACCUUUGCCCUCCUCGGCGCCGUCUACGGCCAGGAUAUGAACUCCGUUCCCGAGUGUGGCCGCACCUGUAUCAACAACAUGCUCGGCGAGCAGAGCAAUCUGGGCUGCCCCCCCGCCAACGGCCAGCCCGACACGUCCUGUCUCUGCAACAACGCCAACUUCAGCUUUGGUCUGCGCGACUGUGCUCAAGAGGCCUGUGGCUCCGAGGUUGAGCAGGCCGUUGUUGCGUACGGAGUGGCCUACUGUCAAUCCGCUGGUGUGAGCAUCCCCACCACCGUCGUCUCUGGUGCUUCGUCUGCCACUGGCUCGGCCUCCGGCUCUGAGACCGGCUCUGCCACCGCCGAGUCCUCUUCUGCCAUCACCACCUCCUCUUUCGCCACCACCAUCACCAGCGGUGACUCGACCAUCACCACCUCUGCUGCCACUACCAUCUUCGGGGUCGGUGGUGGCGCAGCUUCUUCUGCUUCUAGCGUCGCUUCUGAGGCUUCGGCUUCCGCCUCCAGCGUUGGCGAAUCUGCCUCGAGCGCCGCCAGCAGCGCCGCCGGUUCUGCGUCUUCUGCUGGCGCCUCCGCCACGAGCGCCGCAGGCUCUGCCGCUUCCAGCGCCGCCGGUGAGGCCACCGGAUCCUCGGCUUCUGAAGGCUUUGCCCCUCAGAUGACUGCUGCCCCAGCCGCCGGCUUCUUGGCUGCCGCUGGUAUCGCCGCCAUGCUUCUCUAAGUAACGGAGAAGUUGUCAAUACCCAAAUUUUGUUUUUGGUCUUCUUUUCACCUUUUCUGACGUUGCCGCGUCACGAACCUAAUUCUCAACUUUCUCGACAUUCGUUCUUCUCCCAUUUCAUCCCACGGUUCAUCCGACCAUCGUCUUUAGCGUCCACAAGGGUUCCGGUAGAUGGCGUACAAAGGCAAGGGAAUUAGAGCAGUGGACCCAAGGGGGCUCUAUGGAAAUGAAAUGAGGGACACAUUGGAGUUUGACGGCGGGGAACAAAAAACAUGAUGACGAGAUAUGCUGAUUUCCUCUGCCAGACGGCACGAUGGAUGUACGAUUGGAAUGGUCAGGCUGGUGGCACUUUGCCAGGACGUAAUGAGGAGGGCAACGAGGCCUGCGGACUGGUGCAGGCGAUAAUGAGACCUCAUAAUGGGGCUUCCGCCGAUGGUACUUUGAGAUACCCCUCCCUGCGAGCGUUGGGCCAGGGUGGUUUUUGCAGCUUAGGCUCUUUCUCGCUCUCUUUAAUGGCAACGUCCCUAGAGAAAAUUCGCUUGAUUGUGACAAUCAUACUGCUGCUGUAAUAUGUGUAGUAUGCCGGUUGUGUUGAUCGUCUAUAAAAUCUGCUUGGUGAUGAAGACGUUGGGUCUCACUCACAUGGGUAGCCAACAUGAGAUUGUGGUCAGAAGGGACCAAGGGGCUUAGUCAUCAAAGGGCGACCAUGACACAUUACGUCGGGC